AUGGUGGGAACUAAGGGAACGGAGUCUGAAGAAGUCGGGUACAAUGAAGAACUAGUAAAAUGUGGAGAUGAAGAGAUAUGUGAUUAUAAGACAAAUAUAAAGGUUAAAAUAGGAAACAAUCAAAAAGUUUUACUACUUAUAAGACACAAAAAAGAAGAAUUUUAUGUAAUCCUGCAUCAAACUAAAUUUAUAGUAGCAUAUCCAAUAAUUUAUCGAAGGUUAGCCCCACUAAAAUCCAUGUUUAACUAUAAAGAAUUUUAUGAGAUGGGAUUUGAUACUAUAGAUCAACAGAAUAAGAACGGAAAAGAUAGAUGUGAAAUUUAUGAUUUUAAUAAUUAUGAACAAGUAAAAGUACCAACUUUUGAAGGAUUUAAUGAUAAACCAUUUUCUUUGUGUUGUUCAUGUUAUGAUUUACCAUAUUCUUACGAGUCUAUAAAUAAAAUAUACAGUGCAAUACCCACACGCAUGACUUUACAUUGUCCAAAUAAGGAUGAAGCGGUUCGAGAUCCAAGACAGGAAAGACUUGUUUCAGUUAAAAAAAGUUUACGACAUAUACUUCCAAUGUAUUCUAUCUUCAAAUUUAAAAAUAAUGUAAAUACAUUUCUCAUAUUUAACAUAACUAUAAUAAAAAAAAAAAAAAAAUUUUCUGAAUAUUUUCAAAUUUAUAGUGAGAAGAAAAUCAAGCUCGAAAAACAGACAUACAGAUAUAUCAUUAGUGAAUCUUCUAAACCUAUUAAAAUAUUGGAUGAUAAGUUUAUAUACAUUACUCACUCUUCUUCUGCUUUUGAUAAUGUUUCUAUACCUACUCUUCAUAACAAUUAUUUAUUGUAUCCUUUUUAUCCAGCAGAAUUAUAUGGAAUCAAAUAUGAUACAUUAGAAUAUGGCUGUUCAUAUAAUAAAUCUCUCAAUUUUGAAUGUAUUGAAAAUGAACCAGAUAAAUGCAAUUAUACAGAUUCUACAUGUUUAAGCAAAUCUAUACUAAUCCCAAAAAAUUUUGUUGCUGAUAAUAUUGAUGCUUGUGGACUUAUUGGAUACAAUGACCACAGCAUUGCACGACAUGAAACAUGUAGGGAAGACGCACAAUGCAUUACUAACAAUGUAGAAUCAUAUCUUAACAAAGCACAAGAACUUACAAGGGGUAAUGAAGAAAUUGUUACAAAGCUACCUGUAAUAAAUGGAAAAUACCCUCACUAUAUUUUCAGGAAAAAGGACUAUAAUAAGGAAUCUCCAGACAAAAGAACUAUCGAAUUUUUUAAAGAUACUAAUGUGGAACAUUUCAUAGCUUAUGAAUAUUAUAAAGAGGAUAGAACUGAAUUUAUUAUUAACAUAUCUAGUAAGAGAGAUGAACAUGUGGAUGUAGCGGAGUCGAAAUCGAAAAUGCUUAACGUGGCAGAUGUGGCUGGUGCUGCUGGUAUGGCUAGUGGUUCUGAUAUGGCUAGUGGUUCUGAUAUGGCUAGUGGUUCUGAUAUGGCGAAGGACCCCCCCGAACCAGAAUCACCAUACGACGGAACAGUGUUUCAUUUAGAAACCUUGAACGAACUUAGAAUCAUAAACAUAUUAUACUCAGACCAAUGUGAUGAAAUGCAUACAGAAAAGUGCGGGGUUCUUGUGCACUUGUGGAACCCUUCCAUGGAACGAAUUAAAGCUAGAUUAAAGCUACAAUGCAUAGUAAGUAGGGAACAGAAAUAUAUAGACGAGAAAAAUUUAGUAUAUGAUGAAGGAGUAUAUCACUUUUUAUUCUUCUUUAAAGUACCCUUGCAAACAUUUAACUCUUUUAGAAAUUGCACUGUCCAUGCAUAUGGAGCUUUUAAACUAUACGACAUGCAAAUGUAUGUAGUUAAAAAAAAAGGAUUGAUAAGGAAAUUCUUCUAUCAUCAAACAAAGGAGACGAGUGCUAUGCAACUGUACUCAGAUGGAAUCAAGAAAUUCACAUGUUGCAUGGAAGAUCCACAGAUAUGUCACAUUAAAAACAUCCCACAAUGUAACAUAACGGAAUCUUUGAAUCUGCUCAACUCAUUCAUCUUCCUUGUCCUUUUCAUUCUUGUCUUUGUUGUUUUCCUUACUGGAAGUUCCAAUGAAAAAAAAAAAUCAGAUUCUCAAAGCAAUGCUGAUAAUAACGACGACGCCACUUGA